AGAGCAGACAGUGACGCCUCCAGGGAACGUCAGAUUGAAGAAUUCAACGUAUUCAAGAGUCUAGUCUAGAGUCAAGACAGUUGUUGAUUGCAUAGCAAGCUGUGAGGUUUACCUGUAGCCGGACGACCAGAAGCAUUUCAUCAUGGCCUCUCAGAGCAGAUGGGUUCCUUUGGAGUCUAAUCCCGAGGUCCUGAACAAGUUCCUGACAGGACUGGGUGUGCCUGAGAGCACCCGAGUGAGCGAUGUGCUAGGACUGGACGAGGGCCUGUUGGCUAUGGUGCCUAAGCCUGUCUAUGCCCUGUUGCUGCUCUAUCCCCUCACUGAUAAGAGCGAACAAUUCAAAGCUGAGCAAGAGUCAGCCAUUGAGGACGGUGGCCAGGACAUUUCCAGCGACCUGUUCUACAUGAAGCAGUACGUCGGGAACGCUUGCGGAGCUGUGGCCCUCAUACACGCUCUCGCCAACAACGCUCAGAGAAUUGCAUGGAGCGAUGGCCCCCUGAAGACAUUCCUGGAGAAGACCGCCUCCAUGAGCCCUGAAGAGCGCGGCCAUGCCCUAGAGGAGGACGACACGCUCGCUGCCAUGCACGAGAGCUGCGCUUCGGGGGGACAGACCGCCGCUCCUAAUAGGGACGACAAACUGGAUACCCACUUCAUUGCCUUCGUCAACGUCGACAACACUCUAUACGAGCUUGAUGGACGCAAGAAGUUCCCGAUCAACCACGGUGGAACUUCGGACGAAACUUUCCUCAUCGAUGGUGCGAACAUCCUCCGCAGUUUCAUGGAGCGCGAUACGAAGGAAUCUCGUUUCGCUGUCUUGGCUUUGACGGCUGCCGAGUAAAUAGUUAUGAAUGCUGUUCGUUUUAACUACUUCGGUCGUGAGCCUUGAAAACCAAUUAAGUUAGAUGUUCUUUGAUGCUGUCUUAAUAUUAUCAUCGUUAUCUUGCCAUGCGAUUCGUGAUCUUCGAUCGAUCAACCAACAAGUAUUUCUUGCCUUGUGUGACCGUAAUGUGGCAUCGCCUUGUGUUCACGUGCCUUUCACAAAUUAUCACUUGAUCUUCUAUUAUUACCACCUCUUACAUUCCAUUCAGUGUCUUAAGUUAUUAGGUCUUCGAAAUUUGUACACGAAUUUCAACGUUGUCGCUAGUCAUCUCAAACAACGGAGCCUUGAAUACCAGUGCCUAAAUCCAUGUAGGAAUUGACUCAUGAACGGAUAAAUAUUUCCUACUUGACUAUCACUCGUACGUGCAUCUCUCUAUGUCGACACUUUCACGAGGAGUUUUUACAAUCAUUAUGAACACGAGCGAGCGGAGUGCCAUGCACGCACGUGUUAGUGUGAAAACUCCCAACUUAUGCUGUGGAAGGAAAUAUCUGAAGACACGUUUGAUUUUUUUUUCUGAUUAUUAGUCUCCAUAUGAGAUUAAAUGGAAUCUCUCGCCGUUGUGCUUGAUGGCGAAGCUCAUCGUUCUCGUUAGAUUUUGUUUGCUGUAAACGCAUUAAAACUCAUUGGAACACUU